AUGCAACUCGCUCAAUACGUUGCAGUGUCGGUCUUGACACUCUGGUGGACGACCACAACUGUGUUCGUUACGGCAAAGAACAACUCUUUGGCAUACCCCACUAAGUCGGGUCUUCUACCUUGGGUGGACGCCGACACUCCCAAGAACAAAUACGUUUAUACCAGCUCUCGCGGUCGGCGAUGGGACCUUGUGAUGAGCGACGAGUUCAAUGUGGCUAACCGCAGUUUCCGACCGGGUGACGAUCACAUGUGGACUUCUCUUGAAAAGCCCGACGGUGUCAAUGGUGCACUUGAGCUUUACUCUCACAACAUGACUUCGACCAAAUGCGACGACGACGGUACCUGCUACUUCUACAUUGAGACCAUCGACGAAGUGAACGUUAUCCACGUCUACAACAUGUACACGCAUCCUCCAAGUUUCGAGGACGUCUACUUCUGGUAUCGUGGCGCAAUGGUACAGUCGUGGAACAAGUUCUGUUACCAAGGCGGCAUGUUGGAAGUACGAGCUCAACUUCCAGGGGUGACGGACCCGGAUUCAGGCAACCCGGAUGUUGCACUCGGAGAGGACGGUAAGGUCCAAAACACAAAGUAUUAUCCGACAUGGCCCGGUAUUUGGAUGCUGGGUAACCUCGGGCGCGCCAUUUUCUCGGCGUCGACGAACCGGAUGUGGCCCUAUUCGUACAAUGAAUGUGACGCCGACGUCUUUGAUCCAAGUUUCCAGCGUAUCAGCGCGUGUGACAGUAAUCCAGGCUACGGUCUCAACCCGAAUCAAGGUCGCGGGGCUCCCGAGAUCGACGUGCUCGAAGGUAGUGGGUUGGCUAUCUCGUCUUCACUUCAGAUCGCUCCCGGUAUGCCCGAUGACUAUCGUCUCUUUCCUGUGGACACGUCUACCGGAGACUUCAGCUAUUGUUUGUACAGCUACAAUUGUCUGACACCCGGUGCCAACUACAUCGACGUCCCGGCAUCGUACUAUGAGCAAGAGCGCGGCCACAAAUCGUGGUAUCAAGGUCUUCGCUAUGCUGCCAACAAUUAUUGUGUCACCGAGAACACGUGCGCUGUCGAUACCUGUCCUGCUUCUGGCGAUGUCAACGCUGACCUAAGCUUCAUCGAUGGAGGGAAGAACCACUGGGGUAUCAACUCCAACGGCACGUGUUAUCCACUCAUGAACUCGUACUUGGGGUCGUACUUGUGUGACCCGGACAACACGUUUUCCAAGUGCGCCAGUCCUCGUAAUGAGACCUCGACGCCCAAGUCGAAUGCCAUGAAACCUUUCAACUACCAGAUGGACGCUAUCUCUUCCAACUGGCCGAUCCAUUUCGGUGCAUACACAGGUUUCUAUGACUACCAGGUGGAGUGGGUUACUGGUGAGAAUGGCUACGUUCGAUGGUUGCUACAUGGCGAGCCGUUGUUCGAGGUCACGACUGAAUCGGUCGUCAACGUACCACAGAAUGCGAACAAGACGAACCCGAAGAAGAUUAUGAUUGAGGAACCUUUGUACGUGAUCUUCAACGUGGCUCUAUCGAGUUCACAACACGACGAACAUUAUCUGCGACUCUUUCCCAAUGUUCAUGAAGAUUGA